AUUUGAACUUGAGAUUCUGGAUAUCAUAACCAUAUUCGGUACCAAGGAGGUAACAGAAUCUCUCCUCGAAAAAGCAAUGCAGGAUCAGGAUAAACAGCAUAGCGGGCCGGGAAGAAAUCUCGCACUUUACCUAGCGACCGCGCUAGGGUACAAAACGCUUCUGAAGCUUCUUCUAGAGAGAAUGGACGAAGUAGACGAAAAGCUGAGUGUAAAGAUCCAAGCUACGGUUGACGCAGCCUUCGAGGGCAAACUCCAGAACCAAGUUAGCGCGGCGGUAGAAUUGAAGAUUGAAACCGAGCUGUCCGUAUUACACCUGGCCACCGUCCUAGGAAACAUAGACGCGGCGAAAUUACUUAUCGACAAGGGCGCCGAUAUCAAUGCGAUAUGUCAGGUCCGACUCGAAGAUGGCCUGCAGGCAAAUUUGUCACCGUUGAUGCUCGCGGCCAUGUGGAAACAUGACGGCAUGGUGCAACUGUUGCUCGAGAAAGGGGCCAAAGUCUCGCAAACAGGCCAGGCGAGAAUCGAACGGACCUUUGAUACGGCGAUGGCAACUCCACACCUUUCAGCCAUGUUGGGACACGAAGGAGUGAAACGAAUACUGAAGAAAGCCGAUAGUAUGGAAGCAAGGAUUGAGGCUGAGCUGACUGGCUUGCAUCUGGCCGUGCUACUGGACGAUGUUGCGGUCGUUAGCCGUUUCCUCGAACAUGGCGCCGACCCAGACAUGCGUUGCCAGGCCGAUGUUGAGCUCAAGCAUCGAGACGACUUGAACGCAAAUUUCCAAAUGCAGUUGAUGCCACUACAUCUGGCAGCCUGGGCAGGACACGAGAGCGUGGCAGCGCUACUGGUAAAGAGCGGAGCUGAAGUGGAUGCAAAAAUUCAAGCGGGCGGCACGGCAGCCCUAGAAUUCGGCAUGCGAAUCGACCAGAAGAUGAAACCCGGAGGCACGGCCUUGCACGUAGCUGUUGGCCUUGGGAAAGAAAAAGUGGCUCGGGUUCUCAUCGAAAAUGGAGCAGAUGUCGGCGCGAAGACCCGAGAUGGUCGCACUGCAGUACAAUGGGCGCAUGGCCAUGAUGGGGAAUGCAUUCGAAACAGCGGAAUUGAGAGAAGUCUGGAGUCUGUAUCAAAAGACAUGAAAACGGGAUUUGUUCAGAAGCUGCGUAGGGUUUUCCAGCCAAAGAAUGGCAGCUGAAUCAUUUCUUCCCCUCAUGAACGUUAUGCUAUUUCUCUUAACGGCAGUCUUCUCUUUGGAGGGAGGCUGAAUUGUGAAAGAUACCCAUGUUGUUUUGCGUUAAGCGUAAAUAGAGAGUGUUAAAACAAAGCACCAAGUUAUUUAAAAAGAAACUAUUAACUAGACAGUUCUCAUUAUGUAUUUGUAUUAGACCGGCAACCAAGGAUUCU